AUAUUUUAAUGCUCUUCUCCAGUCUGAAAAGAAUUUCACAGUUUUCUUUCGAGUGGAGAGCUCAUGGAAGCAGAAUACAAAAUUUUCCUGUGUGGAAUACGAAUCAUUUGUGAUGAAGAGUAUGAUGAUAGCUGCCACUGACUUCAUUUUUCCAGCAAUGAUUGCCACAGCCCUACUAGCUCUGAUCACUGCAGUUGUAGUUGUUGUUAUCCUCUUGUGCCACAAUAAACCUAAGAAGAAACAGGAUAUUGUUAAUAAUAAUGGCAUGAAUUUAACGAAGAUGACAAAUGUACAGUCUUCAGAAAUACACACGCUCCAGGAAGAAAAAAGUAGAGAAUUAUGUUCUGUCUGUAUUUUGCCUCAGUCUUGCACAGACAUUCUAUUGGAUGAACUACUGGAUCAUGUGAUCAAGCUGAAAAAACAAAUAGGUGAUGAUGAUGAGGAGGAGGAGGAUGGAAACAGCAAUGGACUGGCAAUGGAGUUUUCUAAAUUACCUGUUGGCCUUUUACACACCUGUAAUGCUGCUACACUUCCGGAGAACACAAAAAAGAACCGCUACAAAAAUAUUAUUCCAUAUGACCAUUCUCGUGUUGUGCUUCAACAAGACAUAGAUAAGGGGUUUGGCGAUUACAUCAAUGCCAGCUAUAUUGAUGGAUAUCAGAAACCCAAUCACUACAUAGCAGCACAAGGUCCUCAAAAGCAUACAAUUAAUGACUUCUGGAGAAUGGUAUGGCAGGAGAAGUCCUCAACUAUUGUGAUGUUAACCAACCUGACUGAGCAAAGAAAGGUCAAGUGUGAAUGUUACUGGCCAGAGCAGUCAAAGAAUUAUGGUGAUAUUACAGUGACUCUUAGUAUGACAAAGCAAGCUGCAGAUGUCAUUAUCCGAACGUUCACUGUUGAAAAGUGUGACUGUUCCUCACGACUGGAGGUAAAGCAGUUUCAUUAUACCUCAUGGCCAGACCAUCAUGUACCAAUAAAGCCAAUCAAGAUUUUCCACCUCCUUAACCAAGUGCAUACCUGCUCAUCAAAUACUACGCAACCUUUAAUCAUUCAUUGCAGUGCUGGAGUAGGACGUACAGGAACUUUCAUUGCCUUGGACUAUGUGUUUGAAAUGGCAAAGGCUGAAGGAAAAAUUAAUGUCUUCCAGUGUGUACAACAAAUGAGGGAGAAGCGCACCAAAAUGGUCCAGACCAAGGAGCAAUAUGCCUUCAUUUAUGAUGUGUUACUGGAGGGGCUAAUAUGUGGUGACACCUAUGUUCCAGUGCAGUUUAUUCAGAGCCACAUGGAAUUCAUGGAAAAAGAUACUGAUGAAGCUAACAGUAUUGGCUACAAAAAGGAAUUUCAGAACUUGGAAACGAUUUCUGAGCUAUUUAAAGAACAGCCUUGUAGAGUAGGACAGAAAGACGAAAAUCAACACAUGAACAGGAAUCCUGAUAUACUACCUGCUGAUCAUGUGCAUCCUAGCCUGAUGUCAAUAACAAGUGCAGAUGGAUCACCGGGAUAUAUCAAUGCAGUCUUCGCUAAUACUUACAACACAAAAGAUGGUUUUAUAAUAACAGAGUUACCUCUGAAGGAGACUAUUCCACACUUCUGGGCCCUUGUUUAUGAUUACAACUGCAGUGCUAUUGUUGUGAUGAACAAUAUUCAAGAACUCGAUGAGACAUACCCAGACUUUUGGCCUAUAUCUGAAGAGUCUGUUUAUGGAGAUUUUGUAAUUACGCUCAUAUCAGAAAAAGAAGAACGUGGAUUCAGAAUGAAGACCUUAGGCAUAAGAAACACUAAACAUCAAAUGGGAGAAUGGAAGAUAAAACAUUUGCAGAUCACCAACUGGCCAAUGAAGCAAUGUUUUCCAGAAUCUCUUAACACUAUUAUCAGCAUGUUGGGAGAAGUGGACAACUGGCAACAGGAAAUGGGUGAUGGUGCCAUUCUUGUUACCUGCUGGGAUGGUGCUAGUCGGAGUGGCUUAUUUUGUGCUGCUAGUAUUCUGUGCAAGCAAAUUCAAAAUGAAGAUGCUGUAGAUGUCCUGCAAGCUGUAAGAACAAUAAGAGCAAGCCGUCCAAAGAUACUUAAAGAUGUGAAACAAUACAGUUUAUGUUACCAGCUGGCACUGACAUACCUAGAUUCAUUUGAAAACUAUGGAAACUUUACUUAACAUCUUCAUCUGUUAUAUAACCAUGUGGCAAUAUGAAGAAAGAAAGUUAUUUCCUCUGUCUGUAUUUGUGGAGUAACUAAAAAUCAUACUUAAAAUGCUGGAUGUCCUUUGAACUAAUAUAAUAUGAGAUAUAGUCUUCAAUUUAGAAAAUAUAUGAGAAAAAAAUAAAAGCAAGAAAUGUUUUCCAAAGCCGACUUAA